UUCGGUCUUUGACUUUCACGUCCAACAUGGCGACCUUCAGGAGUGUUUUGCUUGCAAGCAAAGUAUUUCGCCCCUGUAUGACUAACAGAUCCAUCAAGACGUCAGCAGUAGUUUCAAAUUGGAAUAAGGAUUGGAAGCCAGGUCCAUAUCCUUUGACCCCCGAAGAACGAGCAAAUGCUGCCAAGAGGUAUGGGUUGCGGGUAGAAGAUUAUGACGUGUAUGCUGAUGAUGGGACAGGAUAUGGAGACUACCCCAAACUUCCACAUGUAUCAGGAGACGUCAGGGAUCCAAACGAGGACUGGGAUUUACCAGAGAUCAAAAGGAACUAUGGUGAACCUCUGCAUGUGGACCAUGAUAUGAUUGGUGAAGAUAGGUACAAUAUGAAUGCCAACCCAAGAUUGUCAUACCGGACAAUGUUCUUAACAACUGGCACUUUCCUCGGUACAAUAUUGGCGAUCUAUAUUCUGACUGAACCAUAUCCACACUUUCUGCCAGUGAUGCCUAAACAAUACCCAUUCAACAACCUCUACCUUGAAAACGGGGGAGACCCAGGGAAGGAGGAAGCAGUUAAACACUACACAUUCGAGCCUGUAGAUUAAUGGAAUACUGUCUAGGCAUGUUGAUUGUACAUACUGUAUGGGUGAAGCUUUCUCCUUGUGACACCGGGGUAGCAGGAACUACGCUACAUCAGGCCAUUGUUGGAAGUGAACUAUUUGUGAUUGUGUGGAUUCUAUCGGCCAUUUCGAAACAACAAAGAAGAAAUGCUGAAAUGGCUUCUAAAUGAGUUGUAGUAAUGUUUUCUGUUAUUAAAUACUUAUGAAAUAA